GUCAACUUAUUUGCAAUCUAGCAGGUCUGAAAAAAAUGUAUAAUUAAGACCAUUUCUGAGAAACCAGUUGGAGACUGAGUCCUGUCCCUGUAGGAGGAUUCUUCAGCCACUAUGUCAAUUGGCACAGAUAUUUCUCUUUCUUCAUAUGAUGAAGAUCAGGGAUCUAAAGUUACCUGUAAAGCUAGAGAGGCACCGUUUGUUCCCAUUGCAAUGGCCGGGUUUGCAGCAAUUGUUACAUAUGGAUUAUAUAAAUUGAAGAGCAGGGGAAAUACUGAAAUGUCUGUUCACUUGAUCCACAUGCAUGUGGCAGUCCAAGGCUUUGUUGUGGGAGCAGUGACUCUUGGUAUGGGGUAUUCCAUGUAUAAGGAAUUCUGGGCAAAGCCUAAACCUUAGAGAAAGAGAAGCUGUCUCAGUUUUGUUGGUGGUGUUU